CAUACCUAUGAAGGGAGCGAGGCUUCAGGAACUGCUAAAGCUGCAACAGAGUUUUCAUGUGUUUCAAGUGUUUUUCCUUGGGCUGCAAUGUGUUCUCAUUGCUUCAUACAAGUCACUGAUUGCAUAAGAGUAAUGCAGUGCUCAGACACGGGGUGCCCAGCGGGGGAAGCCUCUGAAACAGGGACUGAGGCCAAGGCGGGGGGUAAAGCAGUGUACCUGCGGAGGACCAUCAACCUGCUGGCAGCCGUCUCCUUCAUCAUCGGCACGGUGGUGGGCAGUGGCAUAUUCAUCGCACCCAAGGGUGUGCUGAUGAACAGCGGCAGUGUUGGGCUGUCUCUGGUGGUCUGGGUUCUGUGUGGUGUCCUUUCCACCUUGGGGGCUUUGUGUUAUGCAGAGCUAGGCACCACUUUUAAAAAGUCUGGAGGCCACUACACCUACCUUCUGGAGACUCUGGGGCCCCUGCCAGCCUUCCUUCGACUCUGGGCAGAGUUCGUUCUUGUCAGGCCGGCUGUGUCCUCUGUGGUCUGCCUGGCGUUUGGCCAAUACGUGGCAGAAGCCUUCUUUACUCCCUGCCCAGCACCUCCGGUCCUGGUCAAACUCAUUGCCAUUCUUGGAUUGUCAUUUGUAGUGGCAGUAAACUGCUGGAGUGUGAGUUUAGCCUCCAGGACCCAGAUCACCCUCACUUUCAUCAAGAUAUUUGCCCUGCUCCUUAUCAUGGUCCCAGGCAUCUGGACACUUGCUAGAGGGAAAACGGAGAACUUCCACAAUGCAUUUGAUUCUGGAUCCUUGACCCUGAACAAGCUGCCACUGGCCUUCUACAUUGGCCUCUAUGCCUAUGCUGGAUGGUUUUAUUUGAAUUUUGUUACAGAAGAGGUCAUCAAUCCUAACAGAAAUAUCCCACUGUCAAUCAUCUUAUCCAUGGCAACAGUGACCGUGUGCUAUGUUAUGGUCAAUGUGGCAUACUACACGGUGAUAUCGGCAGAGGAAUUGCUGGCAUCAGACGCUGUAGCUGUGACGUUUGCAGAUCGUGCUUUGCCAGGCAUCGCCACUGUGAUUCCAGUAUUGGUGGCUAUUUCCUGUCUGGGGGCUCUGAACGGGGGUUUUUUUGUGGCACCAAGGAUGCUGUUUGUGGGGGCCAGGGAGGGACAUUGGCCAGCUCUGUUCUCCAUGAUCCAUGUCCGCAGACACACACCGGUGCCUGCUGUGCUGCUGCUGUACCCACUGGUAGUGCUGAUGGUAUCCAGAGGAGAGCUCUUCCAGUUGGUCCACUUUGCCUCCUUCUCCCGCUGGCUCUUCAUUGGCAUGGCAACCCUGGGGAUGCUUAUCCAUCGUUACCGCUUCCCACAGCACCCAAGACCCUUCAAGGUGCCUCUGGCCAUUGCGGUUUCCUUCACAGUGGUGUGCUUCUUCAUCGUGGGACUGUCCUUGUACUCGGAUCCCUGGAAUACAGGGGGCAGCUGUAUCAUCACCUUGACCGGACUGCCUGUGUACUACCUGACUGUGCAUCGUCCAUGCCUGCCCUCCCGCUGGAUGACCGCUUUCAACUUCUGUAGCAGGCAGCUCCAGAUCCUGAUGGAGGUGGCCCAACAGGAGGUCAAAACGUACUGAAAAUCCCCUCCCAGCCCAGUCCACCCACAAUGGCUCGAGAUCUGGAUCCCACAUUUCGUGUUGUCAUCCUGUGUGGGACAAGGAGCACUGAAUCCCAGUGUAGAUUUCCAUUUUGUAAACACAAUGUAAAUCUCUAUUUUCAUUAAAAAAACCCAUUGACAUCAAA